UAUAGCAAUCAUGCUGGCGAGGCCUACUCCUUCGGGUUCAUAGUCCCUGCAUCUACAUUGAGGUAUGGGUCGACCUUGAUCGACGAGACGUGCUAAGACGUCAGUAUGGUCGGCAGAGCGCGUCAGUUCGCUGCACUUAUCUUGAGACCGAUCGUCUUGAGCAAGAGGCCCGUAGACGAGGCUGUGACGCGUCAAUUAGCAGCGGUACAUAAAACGAAGAUUCCUGUGCAUAAGUUGCUGUGCAGUGGUGCAGUUCGGCAACGCUCUAAGAGCCAUGAUCCUAGAGAGGAUGAUGUGCUCUGCAUAGACCACAAAAGCCCUGCAGACUCGAACUCGCGUGAGAUUUCUCGCGCACGUCACAAGAGCUUACCUAUGAUACCCUGUGUAUACGCAUUAGUGGUGAUCAAAGGCGCGGCAACCUGCAGCUUACCUUCCCCACGCCGCUGAUGACGCCGCCAGACACAAGCACGUAUUUCAUGAUGUUUUGCUUUUGGUGCCUCAAUCGGUUAUGGGGAAGGGGAGGGAAGGAAGGAAAGCUGAGAUUUUGCACGCGUUAAGUUGGAA